AGGUGACGUUCUACCUGCGACGGGUGAAUGAAGAGCGCCGCCUGAUUUCCAGGCUCUAUGUGGCGCACUUUCUGCCUGAUCUUUCUGGGUGCCAAUGUGGCUUCAGCGGCGUUGCUGCGACAUGACCAGAAGGUCAGCAGAGCUGAUGGCAAAGUCCAAGAGAAGGACCUCCUGGACAUGUUGACAUCCUUGAAUGAAGUGGUGGUGGGAAUGGAUAAGGAACACAAGGCCUUUCGAGAUCUCUCCAAUGCUCGAGAGACAUCCUGCAGGACGACUAAGGCGAAGCUAGAGAAGUCCUUGAAGGAUGGAAACAGCUCCUUGCUGACUGCAAAACAAGAGCUGUCCAAUGCGAUGUGCGAAGUGGAUUCUAUCCAGGGUGGUGUGGACAGCAUCAAGAAGCAGGUCAAAGCUAUUGAUGGUGAGAUCAGCGGCCUUCAAGAGCAGUUAGCCAAGUUGCGUGCCGAUCGUCAAGCGGCAGUGGCCCGCGACAGCGGCUACACGCAACAGGUGAAGGCCAUCCUGGAGAAAGCUCAACAGAGGAUUUCGCAAGUCUGGACCCGCAGCGGUGCUCACAAGUCCGCGAAGUCCCAGGA